CUUCCUUAAAUACAUAUCUUAAACAAACUGGAUCAAAUCUUAAGCUAAAACCAUGAUUUACACAUCCUUUUCCAAUAGAAACAGAUUCAUCUCAGUGACCCCAGGAAUCCAAAGGGCACCAUCAAUUGAACCUCUUCUUCACUCCAAUCUCAUUUUCAACUUUCACCACCAAAACCCAAUUAGAGUAUCAUCUUCCUUAAAGAGCAGCAAGAACUCCAUAAAACCCAUAAUCCAUAUUCUGAAACCCAUCAUAGUAACCCCUGAAGAAGUCCCACAAAAGAACAGCAAUACCAAGAGAAAUGACAGGAAAACAGAGUCACCCCAAGUAGGUCAUCAACAGAUGUUGGUCCUGUGUGGGUUUGGGUGUUGGGUUCAAGGUUUCAGGUGCUUUCCAUGGUUGGCUCUCAACUUCUACAUGGCUCACACUCUUAACUUGAAUCCUUCAGUAUUGCAGCUUGUGCAGAACUCUGCUAACCUACCCAUGGUGGCCAAACCACUGUUUGGGGUAAUUUCUGAAGCUGUAUACAUUGGUGGUGCUCAUCGAAUACCUUAUAUCUCCAUUGGAGUCAUUUUGCAGAUUCUGUCAUGGGGAGCCAUAGCAUUAGUCCCAGUUGGGGGUGAAGUUCUUCCUAUGCUAAUGCCAUGCAUUCUGCUAAGCAACAUUGGUGCAUCAAUCACAGAAGUUGCAGGAGAUGCUCUUGUAGCAGAGUACAGUCAAAAGCACAAAUUGGGUGGUCUUCAAUCUUAUGCUUUCAUGGCAAUAGCUACAGGAGGAAUAUUAGGCAAUCUAUUGGGUGGCAUUUUACUAUUGAAAACACAACAAACAAGAACCAUGUUCUUGUUAUUUUCUCUCUUGUUGGCAUUUCAACUUGCAAUUUCCUUAAAUGCAAGGGAGGCUUCCCUCAGUUUGCCACAACCAUCAAGGCACCAUCUCACAGGGAAUUCUAUCUCAGGGAACCUAUGGAAAAAAUUCUCCAAUCUUCUUACUGUAAUAAGUAAGGAGAGCAUUUCUCGUCCUCUCUUCUGGGUUAUAGCUUCCAUUGUUGUUGUACCAAUUUUUUCAGGAACCAUCUUCUGCUACCAAACACAACGUCUAAAGCUUGAUCCUUCAAUCAUUGGGAUGUCUAAAGUGAUUGGUCAAUUGAUGCUUUUAUCUGCAACUGUACUAUAUAUUCGAUAUUGGAAAACAAUCCCCAUGAGGAAAUUGAUAGGUAUAGUUCAGAUUGUUUAUGCAAUCUCUCUUCUCCUGGACUUGGUGUUAGUGAAGCAGAUCAAUCUGAAGCUGGGAAUUUCAAAUGAUGCUUAUGUUCUAUGCAUGUCGGGUUUAGCAGAAACAAUUGCUCAAUUUAAGAUCCUUCCUUUCUCUGUUCUGUUUACAAAUUUAUGCCCACCAGGUUGUGAAGGAUUGCUCACAUCAUUUUUAGCUUCAGUUUUUUGUUUAUCAUCCAUUAUCAGUGGUUUUAUAGGUGUUUGGUUGGCAUCUUUAGUAGGAAUUUCAUCUGGUGAUUAUACAAGCUUGCCUGUGGGCAUUCUGCUACAAUUUCUUGCAGCUUUGGUACCACUGGUUUGGAUAUCUUUUGUACCUAUGUCACUAUCAGUAAGAAAGGAAAGGAGAAGAGGUGUGAGUAAAAGAAAAAGGAGAAAUAGAAGAGCGGGAAGAUUGAUAUAUAAUUAUGUUUAUGCAGACCGCCACGAGAGAGAAUAUGAGGUGGAGUGUGGAGAGGUGAAGCAAUCUGGUGGGCUGAAGAAGAAGAUUGAGUGAGAAGCAAGUGGAGGAAUCAUGUCAUUUUAGUGCCUUAUGCUGAAUCAAUAUAA